UUAUUAUUGUGCAGAGAAUGGAACACGGAAACGGUAGACCUCAAAGUAGAAGUGGUCAAUUUGGGGAAAAGAUGAUCUGAUGAAUCGAAAAUGUUUGCAAAGCCAAAAGGAGGUAGUACUAACGUAGUAGUGGUCUCCUCCUACCAAUAACAUCCAUUCGUUUUAUGUUUGUCUUAGUCCAACUACGGUUGAUUGACUGACGAACUCCUCCUGAUUGUGUGUGUGUGUGUGUGUGUGUGUAUAGUCCAUUCACACAAUCGAUCGCUUAAAUCAACACCGUCUACUCUACUAUUUUAUACCAUAUACAAACAAUUUUUCUCGAAUUUUCCAGGAAAAUAAACUGAGGCAGCAGGAAGAGCUAGCAUUUUCAUCCUCGAAUUUUCCGUCACCAAUCCAACUUGGAUUGCAAUCUAACUGGGCAGACGACUCGGUGUUUGUUUGUUGAUCAUCCUCUCUGAUUUUUUGAUACACAUACACCCCCCGACACACAGACAGACAGACAGACAGACUUGGUGGUUAAAUUUUUCUCUCCUCAGCUACCAAAUGAAGCGCUGGUGGUUUCAUGUGCUUCUUUUCAUCUUACCGUCAAUUAAGUGCACAUGUGGGUAACUCGUGUAGGUGCUGAUACAAACGCACACUAAUUCGGGUUCAACUGCAUUCAGCUGUGGAGUUGACGAGAUCUGGUCACAUGGGGCAGACCAUCAAGCUUUCUAUACCUCUUUAGCUGGGUAACAGGAUAGUAAUGGAUGUCAUUACUAGUACCUCAUUUGCACCAGCUGCUGAAGUUCUAUCACAGACCAUAGAAAUCAUUAUUGAGAUUGUAACUACUGGCACUAGUGUUUCCAUUGAGAAGAAGAGUUUUGCACAAUUCACAGCUUACCUGGACAGGAUCAUCCCUCUCCUAAAAGAGUUGAACAAAAAAAAUGUCACUAAUUCUCAAGGCUUAAACAAUGUUGUCGACAUUCUUAAUAGGGAGAUCAAAGUUGGAAAGCAACUAAUUAUGGAAUGCAGUAAGAGAAACAAAGUAUAUCUCUUUGUCAACUGCCGCUCAGUUGCUAAACGUUUACAGGAGUGUACAAGAGAGAUUAGCCGGGCGCUAAGUCUCAUUCCUUUGGCCUCGCUGGACAUUUCAUCGGGUUUAAUCGAGGACAUCAGCCAGCUAUGUGAAAGUAUGCAUAAUGCAGAGUUCAAGGCAGCUAUAGAAGAGGAACAGAUUUUGGAGAAGUUAGAAUCAGGAAUACAGGAGAGGAGUGUUGACCGCUCAUAUGCCAACAAUUUGUUGAUUUCCAUUGCAGAGGCUGUUGGAAUUUCAACUGAGCGCUCAGCAUUAAAGAAAGAAUUUGAAGAAUUCAAGAGUGAGAUCGAGAAUGUUCGGCUGAAGAAGGACGAGGCAGAAGCUAUACAAAUGGAACAAAUAAUCAUGUUGCUAGAAAAAGCAGAUGCUACUUCAUCUCUGAAAGAGAAAGAAGCUAAGUAUUUCACUAAAAGGAAUUCCUUGGGUAGUCAACCAUUGGAACCCCUACAAUCAUUUUAUUGCCCAAUCACUAGGGAAGUUAUGGUUGAUCCUGUGGAGACUUCUUCAGGACACACAUUUGAGAGAACUGCGAUAGAUAAGUGGUUUGCUGAGGGUAAUUACUUGUGCCCCCUGACCAUGAUCCCUUUGGAUACAACAAUGCUACGGCCUAACAAGACUCUGCGCCAAUCAAUUGAAGAAUGGAAGGAUAGAAAUACCAUGAUUACAAUUGCUUCCUUGAAACCAAAACUCCAGUCAGUAGAUGAGGAAGAAGUGCUUCAUUGCCUGGGACAACUACAGGAUCUCUGUGAACAAAGGGACCUACAUCGAGAAUGGGUAGUAUUGGAGGACUACAUACCUGUUCUUAUUGAACUUCUUGCUGCCAAAAAUCGAGACAUAAGGAAUCAUGCUCUUGUCAUCCUUUGCAUCCUGGCAAAGCACGAUGAUGCUAAGGAAAGAAUUGCAGAAGCUGAUAAUGCAAUUGAAUCUAUUGUUCGCUUUCUUGGACGUCGUGUUGGAGAAAGGAAGUUAGCAGUGACAUUGCUACUGGAACUGUCAAAAAGUGAGUCACUACGAGACUGCAUUGGGAAUGUUCAGGGUUGCAUACUCCUCUUGGUGACUAUGUCAAGCAGUGAUGACAUUCAAGCUGCCUCAGAUGCCAAGGAGCUUUUGGAAAAUCUGUCAUUCUCUAAUCAGAAUAUUGUCCACAUGGCAAAGGCAAAUUAUUUUAAACAUCUCCUGCAGCGUCUUUCUUCAGGACAAGAUGACAUAAAAAUGAUCAUGGCAUCAACUUUGGCAGAAAUGGAGUUGACUGAUCACAAUAAAUCAUCGCUGCUCGAAGAUGGUGUACUAGGUUCACUUCUUGACCUGCUUUCACAUGAUGAUAUUGAGAUGAAGAAAGUAGUAGUUAAAGCUCUUCAGAACCUCUCAAGCUUACCAAAGAAUGGUCGGAAGAUGAUAAGAGAUGGUGCUGCAGGGCCAUUACUCGACCUUCUUUACCGUCACACAUCAUCACCACUACGUGAACAGGUUGCUGCCACAAUUAUGCAUCUUGCUAUAUCAACUGUAACACGAGAUUCCAAUGAGCCACAGGUGUUGCUGUUGGAAUCUGAUGAUGAUAUUUAUAGACUUUUCUCCUUGAUUAACCUAACUGGGCCUACUGUACAACAAAGCAUUCUUCGAGCUUUUCAUGCCAUGUGCCUAUCUCCUUCUGCUACUAUUAUCAAGACCAAGUUAGCACAGUGCUCAGCCGUGCAAGUAUUGGUACAGUUAUGCGAGCUCGAUAACCCUAAUAUAAGGGCAAAUGCCAUUAAGCUGUUCUGCUGCUUGACAGAAGAUGGUGAUGAAGCCACCAUCUUAGAGCAUGUUCGUCAGAAGUCAAUUGAGACCAUACUCCAGAUCAUUAAAACUUCUAAUGAUGAGGAAGAAAUUGUUUCAGCAAUGGGUAUAAUCUCUAACCUUCCUGAAGACUCCCAGCUCACUCAAUGGCUACUAGAUGCAGGGGGUCUUCAGACCAUUUCCAAUUUUAUUUCCAAUGGCAAGAAUAACAGUCCUCAUAACAAACAGUUAAUAGAGAAUGCUGUUGGAGCUGUAUGCCGUUUUACAGUUCCAACAAACCUGCAAGCACAGAAGAAAGCAGCUGAGGCUGGUGUUAUUCUUGUGUUGGUACAGUUGCUAGACUUUGGAACUAGCUUGACAAAAAGACGAGCAGCCAUUUCACUUGCUCAAUUUUCAAAGAAUUCCCUUGGGCUUAGUCGGCCGAUUACAAAGCAUCAGAAAUUCUGGUGCUUUUCAGCUGCACCAGAAAUGGUGUGCCCAGUUCAUCGGGGAAUCUGUACGGUGGAAUCAUCAUUUUGCCUUGUGGAGGCUGGUGGAGUGGAACCUCUUGUGAGAGUUCUUGGGGAACCAGACCCCGAAGCAUGUGAAGCUUCUUUAGAUGCACUGUUGACUUUGAUUGAAGGUGAAAGACUGCAAAGCGGUAGUAAGGUGCUUGAUGAAGCAAAAGCCAUACCUUCGAUAAUAAAAUUACUUAGCGCCCCUUCCCCCAGAUUGCAAGAGAAAGUUCUGAGUUCUUUAGAGCGAAUUUUUCGACAGGUGGAGUUCAAAUACAAAUAUGGAGCCUCAGCUCAUAUGCCUUUAAUUGACCUGACUCAGAGGGGAAAUACUAGUACAAAAUCUUUGGCAGCCAGGAUACUUGCUCACUUGAAUGUCCUUCAUGAGCAGUCCUCUUAUUUCUGAAGGUUUUUUUAGUGUUUCAUAGCUCUCAUCAUGUGAAUGUAACUCCCUCUAAUCAGUUUUCAGGAGGUUGUUCUCUGCUUGCUCAUAGAACUCCCCCCGGGAUUCUUUAUUAUGCAAGCGUCAUGGAUUUGUGUAGGAAUUCAGAUCAUCCAUUAUACCAGGCGUAAAGCAUCGUCCCUCUUGCAUGUUUAGCAGGACAGAACAUCUUUCUCCUUUCAUCUUCGAGUUGGCUCAGCAGCAAUUUGCUGCAAAAGCAAGACUAGUGGUGGUUAUACUUGGAUCAUACUCAUGGUUAAAUAUAUGGGGAGCAUGCAUGCCACAUGUGAUGGAUGUGAAGUGGUGCUUGUGGUGGUUGCUCACCACCGCAUGACAGUAUAACCAUAAUAUGGAUCGAAUUCAAUUUGUCAUUUGUAUAGUACGUACGUGAAGAAAGCAAAGGGCUGCUGAAGUGUAAGGAGAGAUCUUCCAUGGCUUGUAUUAUUAGCACUGAAGGAUCAGUUGUUUCAGUAAUAGAAGCUUGACGUGUCUGUGAAUGCAGUGUAAGGAGAUGAGAAAUCAAUGAAAGCCACCAUUGGGAUUGGACAGACUGAUGCUGCAGACUAGAUUCUUUAGAAUUAAGUAUAUUAUUUUCUGUGAUUGAUGAUAUAGAUAGCUAGCUAGUAGCUUAUUCGAUUCGGUUGCAUCUCUGGAAAAUUAGUUUUAAAGAGUGAAAAUAAAAGACCAAGUCUGAGUUCAGUUCUCU